AUGUUUGCGAGAAGUUUGCGAAAGAGAUGGACGGCUCCUUAUCUUCAAGAAUUUGUUGAGGAUGUUGAUGGUGGGGUUUAUGAGGGAGAUGUUAUGAGAGAACGUGAUGAUGGUCAUUUUGUUAGGUUUACUUGAAAUCUGCUUGAAUCCACUUGAGGUUUACUUACAAGGUAACUCAGAUCUACUUGAAUUCUACUUACAAGGUAAUUGUAAUCUACUGGUGAGAUAUCUCAAAUUUGUUGGUGAGAUAACUCAAAUUUGCUGGUGAGAUAUCUCAAAUCUACUGGUGAGAUAUCUGCUGAGAUAACUGUAAUCUACUGGUGAGAUAUCUUAAAUAUGCUGCUGAGGUAACUCAGAUCUGGUGGUGAGAUAUCUGGGAUCUGCUGUUAAGGUAACUUAAGUUUACUGGUGAGGUGUCUUAAGUUUACUUGUAAGAUAACUGAGAUCUGCUGGUGAGAUAACUGGGAUCUACUAGUGAGGUAACUGAGAUCUACUAGUGAGGUAACUGUAAUCUACUGGAAUUUACUGUCGAGAUAACUUAAGUUUACUGGUGAGAUGUCUUAGGUUUGCUUGCAAGAUAACUGAGAUCUACUGGUGAGAUAACUUAAGUUUACUGGUGAGAUGCCUUAGGUUUGCUUGUAAGAUAACUGAGAUCUACUAGUGAGAUAACUUAAGUUUACGGCUUGAAAAGCUUUAUUUGACUGGUAAGCCAUAUUCUGAUGUUACUAGUUUAUUAAUACUUGACUUUCUGUAACAUCUUAUUAAUGUAGUACAGUAAACCUCUGUCUAUAAAAACUGACCUUAUAUACUUUCGUAAGCGAUUCAGUUUUAAUGGGCUUAUACAAGUGGGGGGGGCUAUAUACGGGGGGAGGCUAAUACAUGGACGUUCUUUUGUGUUAGUAAUAAAUAAAUCAGACAUAAGCAAGUCAGUCAUAAACAGGAAAACAGACAUGUUUUAAUAACGCGAUUUGAUUAACAUACUAGGCUAUAAAGACAAUGACAAUGUUUUUAAAUAUCGUUCUCUGCUAUAUUAAAAGACAAUGUCAAUGUUGAAUAACGUAGUGGGCUACUGGGUUUAUAUUUGGGGGGCUUAUAUUCGGGGAGGGGUUUAUAUUCGGGGGGGCUUAUAUUUGGAAUGAUGAGAGCGUUAGUACAUGUGGUGGGCUUAUAUUCCGGGGGCGGGGACUUAUAGUCGAAGGUUUACAGUAGUGUUUGACUUUAAUGGUUAAUGCCAAUAUUUAGUUGAUUUUUUUAGAUCUGAGGCUACAGGCAAUUGUUUGUAUAGUUCUGUGUCUUUGGUACUGGUUGGUGACAACAGUAUAGUGCAAAUAUUGAGAGUCUUGACAUCGAUUGAGCUUUUUUACUCGCAGCACCCCUGCUUUUUAUCUGCUGUAGAUGAGCAUGAUAUCACAGUUAAUAUCACAGUUAAUAAACCACAAGGCACUACUACUACUACUAUUACUCUUCAGUCACUGCUGAGGAAAAAUCUAAUUAUAUUAACAAUUUUGAUGUUGCUUUGUAUAGAGAGAAAUGUAAAGGUAUGGGUACUCCUGAGAUUUCUAGUUUAAUUAGAAAUGUCUUCAAGCCAGACAAGCAUUAUAAUUCCCCUAGGACUAAUCGUAGGAAGUUUUUUUUAAAUGGCUAGAAUUACAUUCCUGGCUUUGCUAUUCACCUUCCAAAAAUGGUGCAUAUUGUUUGUCAUGUGUGCUGUUUGGACAUCUUUUUCCCGGUAAAGCUAGCAAACUUCAGAAAUUAUACUCUGAACCUCAUCAGCAUGCAUUGGAACGAUGCUGCAUCUACUUUUAGACGUCAUACAGGGCAUGGUACGGGAGGAGAGAUGCUUGUACUUUUCCUAUACUAACUUCUUUACUUUCCCAAAUGUCAGGAAUUGUACAGCCUAUAGAGGUUAUUUUGGAUGCCAACAUCAAAAAAGAAAUUGAGGACAACAGAAAUAAAUUUGUCUCCAUUGUAGAUACUGUUGUUUUUUGUGUUUGUUUGGGUUUUCCAUUGCGUGGUCAUCGUGAUGAUGAUAAAUACCACCCAGAGGUUGGCAACUACUCCACUGGGGGAGUUUGUAAUUUUGUUGAGUCCCUUAAUUUUAGACUUUGAGCAGACGACAAAGUCACAGAAGACCAUUUAACAAAUUGUGGUAAAAACAGUAGUUAUAUCUCUAAGACUAGCCAAAAGAAAAUUAUUGAGUGUUGUGGUCAGGUAAUCAGUGAGGAAAUCAUUCAAGAUAUUAAGGCUGGGAAGUUGUUUUCAAUCACUGCAGAUGAGGCUGUAGAUUCUUCUCAGAAAGAACAAAUGUCUCUUGUUUUACGCUUUGUGGAUAUUAAUAUGAAUAUUCAAAAAGAAUUUAUUGCUUUUCUACAGUGCAAGUGGGGAUUAAGUGGUGAACAACUGGCCAAAUUAAUCCUUGAAGCUCUCAAUGAUCUCACUUUAUCCAUUGAUGAUUGUCGAGAGCAAGUUUAUGAUGGGGCAGGUGCUGUUGCUGGGCACAUUAAUGGUUUGUCUGCUAAUAUUUUACGCCUUAAUGAGAAAGCUCUUUAUACUCAUUGUUAUAGCCAUAGACUUAAUUUAGCUGUUUGUGACUCUUUGAAUGUACUGGAAGUCAAUACUAUGAUGAAACAUGUUAAAGAUGUUUCAAAUUUUAUUAAUAUUUCCCAGACACGCAAUAUGCCAUUUGAGAAAAUAGUCCACAAUUAUCCUGAUAGGAAAGCUCAGAAGAGACGACUGGUAGAUGUUUGUCGAACCAGAUGGAUUGAGCGUAUUGAGGGUUUGGAAACGUUUAUAGAGCUUUUUAUACCAUUGUAUAACACCCUAGAGGAGAUGACUCUCAAUGUGGCGG